CAUCUCUCCCUCCCCCCUCUCUCUCUCUCUCCCUGAGCCCUAGAUUUUCUCGAGACCUUUCUCGCGAUUUCCUCCCUUUCUUCCGGUUUUUUCUCGGGAAAAUGGCGAAUGCAGCAUCAGGGAUGGCUGUGCAUGAUGACUGCAAGCUGAAAUUUUUAGAGUUGAAAGCAAAAAGGACUUACAGGUUCAUAGUUUACAAAAUCGAGGAAAAGGCAAAGCAGGUUGUGGUGGAAAAGCUUGGUGAACCAACUGAUAGCUAUGAGGCUUUCACUGCUAGCCUUCCUGCUGACGAGUGUCGUUAUGCUGUCUAUGACUUUGAUUAUGUGACAGAAGAGAAUUGCCAGAAGAGCAGGAUUGUUUUUAUUGCCUGGUCCCCUGACACAUCCAAGGUGAGAAGCAAGAUGAUUUAUGCGAGUUCGAAGGACAGGUUUAGAAGAGAGCUGGAUGGCAUUCAGGUAGAGUUGCAAGCUACUGAUCCUACCGAGAUGGGUCUUGAUGUGAUAAGGAGCCGCUCUAACUGAAUGUAGAUUUGGCUGCAUGCAACGAUGGAAAACAUAUUAUCUGGUUCACUUUAAUGUAAUGUCUAUAGCAAAUUUGGGACUUAGAACUGGGUCUUGAAUAUUGGCUUGUUGUUGGAGUUAUACCUUUUUCAAAAGUAUUUUGCUUCAUUUGUUAUAUUCGUGGAAUUCAUGGGGUGGGGUAUCCACUCUCUCUGUUGGUGUGAUACUUAUAGACUAAAUAUUAUAUGAUGGCUUUUGGGGCAGAGGCCAUGUUUUAAGUUUUGAUUACCUUUUUUCU